AUGCCUGCGCUCCCACCAAGCCUGUGGGGCCCCUGGCCGGCGGGUCUCCUCGCCCAAGGCCCCAUCGAAGUUGCGCCGUCAGCGUUUGUAUUCAACACCCAGCAGCCGCCAGAGAUCGAGACGUACGCGCUCGCUGUAGAUGAUGGCGACCAGAGUAUGCUUGAGGUUGUUGAGGUCACCACGCUGACUAGCUUGACCACCCUGUUCAUGCCCUUGGAUGGCGACGAGUUCGUCGUCGACAUCGAGAUUCCGGACUCGUCCCCUGCGCUACCAGCUCCUACCAUAGUCGAAAAGGAGAAGGAGGAUGAGGGGAAACCUGUGGAGUCUCCAGCCGCAACCCCCGAAUCGGGAGAGUUGCGCCGCCGCAGCCUCGGGCUCGAGAAAAGGGACCCGAACCCAGAUCCUAACUUUUGGGAAACGCUCAAGGGCUGGGGAGCAGCGAUGAACCCAGCGCGCCUCUGGCGCGGCGGCAAUGACGCCGUCGUCGCCGCCCCGGCGGAAGUCGGCGGCAGAUUUGAACCGCGGACUUUUCCCGCGCCGCCGAACAGCGAGUUCGGCUGGCCGAUCAUGUCGUCCGAAAACGGCGACUUCCUGCCCCCCGGGUACCCGCAGACGAAGGAGGGCGAGCUCGCGUACUGCGAGCAGGCACGACGGGUCACCAAUAGCCCUUUCCGUGCGCGCAUCGAGGCGCAGAUGGAGGCGGAAAGGAACGGCGACGCGACUUAUGGCCGCAUAUAUGGCCUCGAUGGAAUCCGCCCGGUCGACUACAGGUCCGACACGACCGGGUACGGCACCUCGCGCGGUGGAAGUACCCGAGGUAGCGAGUCUUCUGCCGCUGGCAACAUCCCCCCGCCAAACACCCCCAACCGCUGGCAAGACCCCUACUGGCGUGACUUCCGCAAUGCUCCUCCCCCUGUGUCGAUGACUUUCUCCUCCUCCUCCCCCCAGCGCACGCCUGGCCGUCUCCACCCCGACCGCAUCUCAAGAUUUGAGGGACUGCCCCUGAUGGGAGCGCCGAUGCCAAUGAAAGGCCCACAGCUUGGUAGACGCGACAUCCCGUUCUAUGUCGACGAGUUGGGAGGUUCGCCCAACAGCCUAGCCGCCGCGCCGCACCCCAUCGCUCUGCUCGCGAGUAUAGUCCUCCUCGGCAUAGUCCUGUUCCUCUGCCUGGGGUGGUACAUGCUCUCGACCCGAUGCCGCCGCAGCAGAAGGAAGGGUCCAGCACGAAAGCUAAAGACCGAUUACGAAGAGAGAGUGUACCACGUAUAG